AUGUUUAACGUGAAAGUUUCUGAAAAUACAGAGUUUGGAAUUCCACAAGAGUUGGGGGCGUCCUAUCAAUCCACCAUGGUCAAUGUGGUCAACACGAUUAUUGGCGCUGGAAUCCUUUCUAUUCCCUCAACCAUUCAUAGUACAGGGAUUAUCGGGUCUUUCCUUUUUCUUUUUGGCUCCCUUCUUAUUUCUCUCUUGGGCGGAUUCUAUCUUAUUGUGGCUGCAGCCUACACAAAGCGAGAUUCCUUUGGAGAGAUCGCUUAUGCCCUCUACGGACCCACUGUGAAGCUGCUGGCCAAUCUAACUGUUAUCAUUUAUGAGAUGGGAGUUUCCACUGCCUAUUUCGUUAUUCUGUUUGACCAGGUGGGGGAUUUGCUGCAAGCCUGGAACAUAGCAGACGCCACCUUCGUUUAUGAAAACAAAUGGUGGAUCAUGUACCUUGUAACUUUAUUCCUGUCGGUUCCCCUCCUAUCGAUCCGAUCCCUAGACAACCUGAAAUACACCUCUUUCGGAGCGGUCAUUUGUAUAGCUCUGUUUGUGUUCAUUUCGAUCUACUUGGGGAUUGCUCAGCUGGUCGACCAGCCACUGGAGUACAACUACUGGCCGAUCGACUUGAAGAACGUCGCUGCUUCCAUAGCAGUGCUCUCAUCUGCGCUCUGUUUUCACUCCAAUGUCCCGAAGUUGGUUUACGAGCUCCGACUCCCCAAGAAAUCCAAAUACACAUCCAAAAUAUCCAAAAUGUUUAAGAUUGGAACUCGAGCCGCGAUUGCCUGUACCUUGCUGUACUACAUUGUGGGUGUUUUCUCGUACAUCGCUUUUGGGAAAGAUAUCGCUGGCAAUCUACUCACCAAUUUCCAGCAGAAACAAGUCUGGUAUCUAAGCAUUGUCAAGUUUGCAUACGCACUCGUUAUUCUCUUCUCCAACCCGGUGGUUGCCUAUCUGUCUGUCGUCACAAUAGAUCGGUACCUUUUCACAAGCGAAAGGACCUAUCUGCGAAGACUUGCAGAAAGCUUAGUCUGGUGUACAGUCGUUUGGUUCUUAGCGAUCAUGGUACCUCAGCUCGAUGUUGUCUUCAGUUUUACCGGCUCCACGGGAGGAAUUCUUCUCAUUUACGUUCUUCCCUCGCUCUACUAUCUCGCUGUGGUGAAGAGACUUCGAAAAAGGAACGAUGCGAAAUCCCUUGCUUUUGUCGGUCCAGGCUGGCUCGUUCCGGGAGCAUACAUCCUUAUCGGUUUUUCAAUUCUUCUGGGGAUUGUCUCCACUGUUUCUCGAAUAUUACUUCUUUUAGAGAGUUGCUUUUUUUGUUUGAAACGCCUUCCACCUUUACCAAUAACUACUGUACGCGCAAGAGUUACUAAACAAUCAGUCUAG